GUGAGCGAGUAGCUUUACGUGCGGUGCGACGGCAACGGCGGCGCGCGUCUUCCUCCUUUUCCUACCGCGGGGCCAGAGUCCCUGAGGGAGUCCAGCUGCGCUUAAGUCUGGCCGGCGCGACCUGUCUCCGCAAUGCCCCCCAAGAAACAGGCUCAGGCCGGGGGCAGCAAAAAGGCGGAGCAGAAAAAGAAGGAGAAGAUUAUCGAAGACAAAACUUUUGGUCUGAAGAAUAAGAAAGGAGCAAAGCAACAGAAGUUUAUCAAGGCUGUCACUCAUCAAGUUAAAUUUGGUCAACAGAAUCCACGUCAGGUAGCACAAAGUGAAGCUGAAAAGAAGUUGAAGAAAGAUGACAAGAAAAAAGAAUUACAAGAGCUAAAUGAGUUGUUCAAACCUGUAGUUGCUGCUCAAAAAAUAAGUAAAGGUGCAGACCCCAAAUCUGUAGUAUGUGCAUUCUUCAAGCAAGGACAGUGUACUAAAGGAGAUAAGUGUAAGUUCUCUCAUGACUUGACUCUGGAGAGAAAAUGUGAAAAGCGAAGUGUUUACAUUGAUGCAAGAGAUGAAGAGCUUGAAAAAGAUACUAUGGAUAAUUGGGAUGAGAAAAAACUGGAAGAAGUUGUGAACAAGAAGCACGGUGAGGCGGAAAAGAAAAAACCAAAAACUCAAAUAGUGUGCAAACAUUUCCUUGAAGCUAUUGAAAACAACAAAUACGGCUGGUUUUGGGUAUGUCCUGGAGGGGGUGAUAUUUGCAUGUAUCGUCAUGCACUUCCUCCUGGAUUUGUCUUGAAAAAAGAUAAAAAGAAAGAAGAGAAAGAGGAUGAAAUUUCAUUAGAAGAUCUAAUUGAAAGAGAGCGUUCUGCCCUAGGUCCAAAUGUUACCAAAAUCACUCUAGAAUCUUUUCUUGCAUGGAAGAAAAGAAAAAGACAAGAAAAGAUUGAUAAACUUGAGCAAGAUAUAGAAAGAAGGAAAGCAGACUUCAAAGCUGGGAAAGCAUUAGUGAUCAGUGGUCGUGAGGUGUUUGAAUUUCGUCCUGAGCUGGUUGACGAUGAUGAUGAGGAAGCUGAUGAUACCCGUUACACCCAGGGAACAGGUGGUGAUGAGGUUGAUGAUUCAGUGAGCGUAAAUGACAUAGAUUUAAGCCUGUACAUCCCAAGAGAUGUAGAUGAGACAGGUAUUACUGUAGCCAGUCUUGAAAGAUUCAGCACAUAUACUUCAGAAAAGGAUGAAAACAAACUAAGUGAAGCUUCCGGAGGUAGGGCUGAAAAUGGUGAGAGAAGUGAUUUGGAAGAGGACAACGAAGGGGAAGGACAGGAAAAUGGAGCCAUCGAUGCUGUUCCUGUUGAUGAAAAUCUGUUUACUGGGGAAGAUUUGGAUGAACUAGAAGAAGAAUUAAACACACUUGAUUUAGAAGAAUGACACCAAACAAGUCAAUGAAAAAAUUGAGCCAGCUCAGCAUGAGUUGAAAUUGACUACAUUAAUUUUUUUCCACCUAAAACUCUUCAACAGGAUGUUUGUUUCCCAUGCUGAUUAUGGAGGGCUUACUUCCUCCAAAAAAGGAAUAUUCUCCCUACAUCUUGUUUUCUGACUUUGGCUACAUCUCAUAGUAAGUUCAGAGUAGUUCAUGAUAAAUUAAAGAUAAAUGGUCAUUGCAGAAAAUGAUUGAUGGUUGUAAUUGUCCACUCAAGUAGGAAGUGUAAACUGCUUUUCCAGCUUUUGAUUUUCAUUGGGCAUGUGUUGUUACAAGGACAACAUAAAUUUAAAUUACCCUUCAUUUAAGGCAAUUUUUAAUGAGUGAUUCUAUUUCCUUUGUAUUUAUAUGUUCAGAAGACUGCCUAAGAUAUGAGCCUGUACUUCAUCAAGGAAACUGCAUAUGCAGAUUCAGUAUUGUAUAUCUUUGGACAAUUAGAUGGACAUUUAAAAUGAAACUUCAUUAAUCUGACAGGAUCAACUGCAAUGCCCUGUGUUAAACUGUUUGAAACCACUCCCUUUUCUUUUUUGCCAAUAAAGUUGUAAAUAAAAACAGUGAUACAAUAAAUUCCAAAUACAGACCUUUUUUUUUUAAUGUUUUUCUCUGAAAGUCUUCUGACUAUUUCUAGCUUGAGAAUUUUUACUAAAUAUCUGUUAGAAUUAACUGUCACAAAAGACGCAGACACUUAAAGGAUUCUCUUAAUGCCGAUUACUGGACUGAGUGCUGAUAGCACUACUGUGAGUUUAGUAACACAGAUACUUAGCCUCAGAAAGAAACUAUGGAUGGUGUUAUAUGAAAGGGUAAUUACUGAAUUGAUAGAUCAUCAACCUAAUUAAGUAUCACCUACAUGCAUAUGGGCUAGCAGUGCAGGUAAAGCUGUUGUACCAAGUACUACUAAAGCAUCAUUGUGGAGAUCCAUUGUGUUACAGUGGUAUAUGAUGAAGUUGGAUAACCUUGUGUAAAAGAGUGUAAAGAAAUCCACCAGAAAAGUGGGCAGGGGGCCUUUGACACUGAUACAUUUUCAAAUACGAAUACAGUGCUGCUUUUGUUAUUUGCUAAUCUUAAUGGAUUUUAAGGCAAUUAAGAUAAUAGCAGUAAAAGGUCAGGUGACCUAGGCCCUAAUUAUAUGAUUUUUAAAUUCUUUGAACUUUAGUUUCUUUGUCUGCAUAGAGAAGUUAAAGUGUUUCUGAAUUGUGAAAGCUAAGAAAACAUGAUUGUAAAUCUUAUUAGCGAUAACAUCAAAGUUGAUAGAGAAAUUGAGUUCUUGACAAUUCAGUACUAUUAAGGUUUAGACUAUCAGGAGCCAAGUUUCCCAUCUACGAUGGAAGUAUACUUUCAUACUUUUCUAUGAAAGAUUUAUUUCCUUGUUUUUAUUAAAAAGCUUUAAAUACUUAAUAAUGAAACGUUUCAAUUUGAAGUAUUAUUUCCUUACAGCAAGCAUUUGAUUUUGAAAACCAGUUUUCUUUAAUCAGUGAGUUAAAAGGAAAAUGCUAUAGUGUGAAAGUAAUUUUCAUUACCCACGAUUCUUUACACAUAAGACAGCCUUCAUCUAAUUUGCCUGUCUUCCAUUAGAAAACAAAUAUGCUCAGAGAAUGCAAAAAAAAAAAAAAUUUAACCUGAAAAAAAUCAGAAUGCAAAAUUAAAUCGUAUAUGGGCAUACCUCAGAUAUUUUGAGUGUUCAGUUCAAACAACUGCAGUACAGCAAAAUAUUCCACUAAAGCAAGUCACACAAAUUUUUUUUCCUGUUACAUAAAAAAGUUUUAUUUACACUCUACUGAAGUCUGUUAAGUGUACAGUACCAUUAUGUCUAUAGAACAGUGUACAUUCCUUCCUUAAAGAUACUGCUAAAAAAAAAGGCUAACCAUUAUCUCAUAAGUGAACCAUCACUUCAGGAAGUCACUGAUAUAAGAAAUCACAUCACAGAUCAUUAAAGCAGAUAUUAUAUUAAUACAAAAGUUGGCAAUGUUAGAAGAAUUAUCAAAGCAUGACGCAGACACAAAGCAAGCAAAUGCUAUUGGAAAAAUGGUGCCGAUAGACUUGCUCAGAGAAGUACAGUUUAAAAAUGCUGAUACUGGACGUUUAUCAAAUUGAAGGCCUAUGGCUUCCCUGCAUCAAGCAGGUCUAUCAGCAUUAUUUUUUCACAUGUUAUUCUUAAUGUUUGUUUUUGUUUUUUAAUAUAUAAUGCUAUUGUACACUUAAUAACUUAAUAAGCUACAGUGUGAACUUUUAUUUGUACUGAAAGUGAAAGUGUUAGUUGCUCAGUUGUGUCCAACUCUGCAAUUCCAUAGACUAGCCCGCCAGGCUCCUCUGUCAAUGGAAUUUUCCAGGCAAGGAUACUGGAAUGGGUUGCGAUUUCCUUCUCUGACGGAUCUUCCUGACCCCCAGGGAUUGAACCCGGGUCUCCCUCAUUGCAGACAGAUGAUGGUCUCAGCCACCAGGAGAGCCCUAUAUGUACUCUGAAACCAAUAAAUUUUUGUGACUCACUUUAUUGUAAUAUGCACUUUUAUCGCAUAUUAAUGUAAUAUUGCACAUAUGUAAUACGUGGUGAUCUGGAACUGAACCUGUGGUAUCUCCAAGGUGUUCCUGUAUUAUUGACAGUGCAGUUACCCUGUCUUGGUACAACAAAUCUGACAUUGGCACUUGUUUUCAAAACCAUUUACACGAAACUUUAGUUUUGUUUUUUUUACACAUUGCUCUUCUGUAUAAUUUCCAUUGUUAACAUGGUAGGUCUCUGUAAUCUAAUUUUAAUUAUUUGAUGACUUAGCUUCAUUUUUAAAGAUUUGUGAUUUAGGAACUUACAAUGUAAGCCCUUCACAGAAGGGCUUUACCCAUAUUUCCCUUUAGUUUGUUAAUGAGAUCAUUUUCCUUAACAUAAGACCUUUUUAUUUUCUUUAACAUCUAGGGGGUUACGUCAGUCAACACUUUUUAUCCUGUACUCAAUAAUUGUUACUAUCAUGAUCCUAUGUUUGCCAAAAUCUUUCUAAUGCAAAAUAAUUAUAAUAUUAACUUCUUUUUGCACAGAUAAUUUAUAUAAUACUAUAGACCUACCGUGAAUGGACUGAUGCAAAAUUGUGUAAUUGUUACAUUUUUUUAAUAUUUGAAUUAGGCCAUUCUGACCAGUAAGUGGUUUAGAAUGUGAUAAAAAGGAAUCUACAGCAUCAUAUUUACAUGUAGCAGAUCAUAAAGCAUUGCAUCCAUCCUCAGGUUUUAACACACACAGUGCACAAAAGGGAGUUUGUGACAGAAGUUAUUACAGAUAAUAGUAUUGAAUGAGUUCUAUUCAUAUUCUGUGUAGUGAACUUUGUAUAAAGAGCUUUCAGGAUCACAGGCUACAGACUGGUCUUUAUAUAUUAAAGUGGAGAUCUGGGAUUCUGAUACACAUACAGAUAUCUAUCUGAUAUCUAUACAGAUACAUAUACUGAUUCUGAUACAUACACUGUUAAUGUUAACGCUUCCAGGUAUGUACACACUGUUCGUACUGUAUGAACUUAGGUAUGUGUAGCAAUGAAUGUAUUACUACAAGGAAUACUAUGUGAGAGGUAGUAGGUGGACUACCAAAAUCUUGUGUUUGGGGUUUUUGUCUUUUUUUCAGAUGCAUAUCCCAUUGGUAAUAGUAUUUUCUGAAUGAGGAUAAUACCUUGUUUCUCAAUUAAUAAAAACUACAAAGAUAACUUUAAACUAGAAUUUAGUACCAUCCACAAAAUUUCAUGGCUUCGCUGGUGGCUAAGACAGUAAGGCAUCUGCCUGCAAUGCGGGAGACCUGGGUUCAGUCCCUGGGUUGAGAAGAUCCUCUGGAGAAGGAAAUGGCAACCCACUCCAGUAUUCUUGCCUGAAGAAUUCCAUGGACAGAGGCAUCUGGUAGGCUACAGUCCAUGGGUUCGCAGAGAGUCGGACAUGACUGAACCACUUCACUUCACAAAAUUUCAUAGUGUCUUUAGAAAUAAAUCUGAAUACAGCUGAGUGCACACACACAAUCCUGAAUGGCAUUAGUACAAAAUGCAUUUCCAAAUACUCCCCCUCCAUUUUAAUGUAUGUUUACCCUUUCACUGUUCGUUACCUUCUGUUAAUAGGCUAUUUAUUCAUUCAAUUAAUAGGUUUUUGUGCCUUUUCACAAAUAAGAUACUUCUCAUAGGCACUGUAGCAUGACUUAGCUUAAGACUUUGUGCCUGAUUUGAGUAUACAUUUUAGAAGAGCAGAGUCACAGCUGUGUAAGGCUAUGAAAUAUGAAACUGAAAUAGCAAGUACAUAACUGUUAAUAGGAAUGGCUUUUCUAUCAGACUGUAGGCAAACUUUUCAGUCAUUUUGUAUUUACAUUUCAUUGAGUAUUUAGAUUUUUUUAAAUAAAAAUGUCUUUUGUGAAAA